CCAGAGUUGAACGAGGUAGCAGCAGUGCCUGAAAACACACUUCAUAUUUUCCCUCAUGUACAUUCCUCUCAUCGCCUUCAGGCUUCUUCAGCAAACUAACAGCUGCAGAGGAACUGAUCUGAGAGCGCAGUGCUUUUAUGUUUAAGGUGCCUGAGCGACAUAGCCUCUGGUGUCACCGGAGCAAAAUCCUGAUCUGCUGUUUCCCUGAGCACCAGUGGGUACCCAAAGAGAUCUGCAGGCAGGGCUCGGACUCAAUACAAAUCGGGCGAUGGAUGUGCUUUGAAAGUGUGACAGUGUGUUGAUGGGAGGUUGAGCACAGGGAUGUGAGCGCACCAGUAAAGAUGACCCUGCUGGCGGGUGAUGGCUCUGACUAUGACUACAGUGCCCUGAGCUGUGCCUCUGAUAACUCCCUCAACCCUCCCCUCCAACAAGAGAAGGAGGCUCACAAGGGAGCCUUCUAUAAAAGGGCGCAGCCUGCCCCUGAGCUCAGCACCAUCCACGAUAACACACUCCUGUCCAGUGCCCGUAAACUCCAUGCCAUUAUCAACGUGGGUGGCCUGCGUUACCAGCUGCCUUGGACCACCUUAGAGGACUUCCCCUUGUCUCGUCUGGGCCAGCUGCACCUCUGCAGCAGCUUCGAUGAGAUUAUGCGCAUCUGUGACGACUAUGAUGUCACACACAACGAGUUCUUCUUUGACCGCAGCCCCUGCGCCUUCCGUAACAUCCUGACCUUUCUGCGGGCGGGCAAACUGCGGUCCCUCAGGGAGAUGUGCGCCCUCUCCUUCAGAGAGGAGCUGCUAUACUGGGGGGUUCCAGAGGAGAGCCUGGAGUGGUGCUGUCGCAGGCGUCUGCUGCAGCGCAUGGAGGAGUUUGAAGCCAUGGAGAGAGCAGAGGAGGAGGAAGAACUCCUGGAGGAUCUGCUGGAUUCAGACAGUGGCCAAAGGGGACGCGUGGCUGACUCUAGACUCAGUCGGUGCAUGGCUAAGCUGAGGGACAUGGUGGAGAGGCCUCACUCUGGCCUCCCAGGGAAGAUCUUUGCUUGUUUGUCCGUGCUGUUUGUCACCAUCACUGCCAUCAACUUAUCCAUCAGCACCAUGCCGGCCAUGAGGGAGGAGGAGGAGUCGGGGACCUGUUCCCAGAUGUGCUAUAAUAUCUUCAUUGUGGAGACUGUGUGUGUAGCCUGGUUCUCCCUGGAGUUCACCCUGCGCUUCAUCCAAGAUCGCAGCAAGCUGACUUUCCUCAGACAGCCCCUGAACCUGAUUGAUGUGGUAGCAAUCCUGCCGUACUACAUCACACUAGUGGUGGACAGCACUUCCAAAGGAGAGAAGAGGCUGGGCUCAGGCAACACCUACUUGGACAAAGUGGGCUUGGUGCUGCGUGUGCUGAGGGCCCUGCGUAUCCUCUAUGUGAUGCGGUUAGCUCGCCAUUCCCUGGGCCUGCAAACUCUAGGCCUGACAGCACGCCGCUGCACACGGGAGUUUGGACUGCUACUCCUUUUCCUGUGUGUGGCGAUCGCACUAUACUCCCCCCUGCUGUACUUGAUUGAGAAUGAAAUGGCCACCACACAGGAAUUCACAAGCAUCCCUGCUACCUACUGGUGGGCUGUCAUCACCAUGACAACAGUGGGCUAUGGGGAUAUGGUGCCAAGGAGCAUCCCAGGUCAGGUGGUGGCUCUGAGCAGCAUCCUAAGUGGCAUCCUUCUCAUGGCCUUUCCCGUCACCUCCAUCUUCCACACAUUCUCACGCUCCUACGUGGAGCUGAAGCAGGAGCAGCAGAGGCUCCUGCAGAGGAGGACACACUUUCUGCUGCGGAGCCGCAUGGCCGGGCUAGGCAGCAACCUGUCCUUAGAGAGUGACAUGCUCUUUCCUAUAGGGUCGUCUGACACGAGAGAAAUGGAUGACUGAGACUGCAGGACAACUGAGGACAUGAGAGAGCGGGUCUAGAAUAGAAACCAAGGAUGAAGGAGGUAACGCAUGGGAUUGAAUGUGUAACCAAGACAGGAAGAGAGGCUGACAUUUGAUGGAUUGGCUGGUUGAAAGGGGCGUCAAAAGUGAGACACAGAAGAGACAGAGAUUAUUUUUUCUUCCCAAAAAUGCAGCUUGAUUUGUAGCAGUAUACACUUAAAGAAAAUGAUGAAGAGAUGAGAGAAAAAAUAAGAACAGCAAAAAAGGAUCUCUUUAUUGAACGCAUAUAAGAGCAAACAUAAAUCCAGCUGACAAAAAAGAUAAAAUACGCAUAAACCUCGAGCUUACCAGUGACCUGUAGUGUUAAAACAGUCAUAUUCUAAAACAUGUGUUUAUGAACAGAAGACAUGCCUGAAGAGCACAGUCACAGCUUCACAUCAUUCAACAGCAUUGUGAUGUUUCUUUAUCUCUGGUUUCAGUGGAUUUGGUGAUGUUGUGUGCUCUCGGGACAGUGCCAGUUAACUGAAGAUGCUGUUUGCUUUUGUUAAGUCCCAAAGGUAUAAAUUUCUUUCCCAACUAAAAUUUGACCCUUGAUCAACUCAUUAUUUUCUAACUGCUUUGAAACCAUUCAAACUUAUGUCGGGGUUCCUUAAUAAUACUGUGGCACAGCCAGCAUCUACACAUUACUUAUGAUGUCCUAACUGUCCUUCUUCUACACUUUGGGGUUCAUAUGCAAUUUUUGAACACGUUCUGGAAAUAGCAUUAUUGUUCUUGUAAUUACUGCAUUUGCUGUGCAUAGCUGUUUAUAAACUAUA